GUCUUGAAGUACUGAAGCAUGUCAUAACUCCACGGGUGAAGGCCACUUACAUUGCUGUUGAUACAAUGAAGAACUACUUAGAUGCCGUUUAUGAUAUCACAGUAGCCUUCGAAGAUAUUAUAGACCCUAAAGGACAAAGGAAAGUGGCACCAACCAUGAUCGAGUUUCUUUGUAAGGAGUGUCCAAGAAUUCAUAUCUAUAUUGAACGAAUUGAACUAAAGGACAUUCCAGAAGAUCAAACGUUAAUGAGACGAUGGCUUCAUGAUCGUUUUGCAUUGAAGGACAAAUUGCUAAUAGAAUUUUAUGAUGCAAAAGAUUCUAAAAGAAGAAAUAGGUUUCCUGGGAAAAGCGUCCACUCCAAAUUAAGUCUCCAGAAAACGUUGCCAUCCUUAUUAUUUUUAAGCGGCUUGACUGCCAGCCUGCUAUUGACAGAGUGUGGAAGGAAUCUUUACAUAAAAACAUGGAUAUAUGGGACCUUAUUAGGUUAUCUCUGGGUCAGCAUUAAAGCAUAAAAACUGCACUUUCUUCACUGGCUUUUUUCUCUCUCUUGCUUUGCACAUCGCAUCAAAUUCUUUCCUAAAUUUAUAUUAAUAUUUUAAAUAAAGUCCUAUCAAUUGAAUAGUGUAUCAACACACUCUGUUAAUCUAAUUUUGUGGUGGUGGUUAUGACAAAAAGGUAAAUUAUGUUUCUGAUUUUGGAGAAGAACAAAGGCUUAGCAUAUUUUUUCUUCCGUGAAUAUGUCUCUACCAACAAACAACAUACACUCUAUGUGUUUAUAACGGUUCAAAUUGAGCAGUGAAUGAUUUUCUAGCAUUAUUUUAGAUGAACGUCUUUAUUUCUGAAAAGGUUUUCUGAUUUUUAGUUUAUUAAAAAAAGCUCUUACAACAAAACCUAAAAA